AAACACUCCCAACAUUUUUACAUCAUCAGACACAAAGCAAUCAAUUAAAGCAUCAGAUUAAGUUCUAAGCAAGAAAGAAAAUGUCAGACAAGCAAAACCUAAGCUACCAAGCCGGCCAAGCCACUGGCCAGACUAAGGAGAAGGCAAGUGGUUUGAUGGAUAAGGCCAAAGAUGCUGCUGCUUCAGCUCAAGACUCCAUGCAACAUGCUGGACAACAGAUGAAGCAGAAGGCACAAGGAGCUGCAGAUGUGGUCAAGGACAAAACUGGCCUGAACAAGAACACCUGAACAACUUUCAUUUUGACUUUCUAUUAUAAUCCUCUCUUUGAGUUAUUUAAUAAAUUUGGAAAGGUUUUAAUUCUCGUUUCUGCUGCUUCUGAUGUUUAUGUAACCAGAUAAUUUCCAGCAAUAUUGCAGGAUACUAUCAUUUGAAAAGUAGAUUUAUUCAUUACAUGUUAUGUAAUAAUAGUUUUUAUAAUUUUAAAAACAUUAUUUCAUA